AUGAAGGUAUUCGUUUGUCUGCUCGCUGUGUGCAGCAUGGCCCAUGCGGGCUUCCUAGGCGGCGGCAGCGCCCUUAGCUCCGGCGGCGGCGGCGGCGGCUAUGGAGGCGGCGGCGGCGGCUAUGGAGGCGGCCAUGGAGGCGGCUAUGGUGGCGGCCAUGGAGGCGGCGGCGGCGGCGGCGGUGGCGGUUAUGGCGGCGGCGGCUACGGCGGCGGCGGCCACGGCGGCGGUGGCUGGGCAACACAGGGCGGCGGUGGUUACGGCGGCGGCGGCACUAUUAAAAUCGUCAAGGUCAUCUCCGAUGCAGGUGCCGGCGGCGGCUAUGGCGGCGGUCAUGGUGGCGGCUAUGGCGGCGGCUAUGGCGGCGGCUAUGGCGGCGGUCAUGGCGGCGGCUAUGGCGGCGGCAGCUCCGGCGCUGUACAAAUCGUCAAGGUCAUCUCUGAGGCAGGCGGCAUCGGUGGCGGCGGCGGCGGCUGGGCACAGGGCGGCGGCGGCGGCGGCGGCGGUGGCUGGGCUCCUCAGGGCGGCUGGGCCUCGGGCGGCUGGUAA